AUGGCUGAUGCCCAGAUUGGCUCAUCCCUCUGGUGGAGCUUCAGCAUGGGGUCCGCCUACCAGUUCCACAGUUGGCGUGUGUUUGUCAUUGUCUGCGCGCUCCCCUGUGUCUGCUCCGUGGUGGCCCUCACGUUCAUGCCUGAAAGCCCGCGGUUCUUGCUGGAGGUUGGAAAACAUGACGAAGCUUGGAUGAUUCUGAAGUUAAUUCAUGACACCAACAUGAGGGCACGGGGGCAGCCUGAGAAGGUCUUCACGGUGAACAAAAUCAAAACCCCUAAACAGAUCGAUGAGCUGAUUGAAAUUGAGAGUGACACAGGAACAUGGUAUAGGAGGUGUUUUGUUCGGAUCCGCACAGAACUGUAUGGAAUUUGGCUGACAUUUAUGAGAUGUUUCAACUACCCAGUCAGGGAAAAUACAAUAAAGCUUACAAUUGUUUGGUUCACCCUGUCCUUUGGGUACUAUGGAUUAUCUGUUUGGUUCCCUGAUGUCAUUAAACAUCUGCAAUCGGAUGAAUAUGCAUCACUAACUAAAAAUGUGCAGAGAGAUAAAUAUGCAAAUUUCAGUAUUAACUUUACAAUGGAAAAUCAGAUUCAUACUGGAAUGGAAUACGACAAUGGCAGAUUCCUAGGGGUCAAGUUCAAAUCUGUAACUUUCAAAGAUUCGGUUUUUAAGUCCUGCACCUUUGAGGAUGUGACUUCAGUCAACACCUACUUCAAGAACUGCACAUUUAUUGAUACUGUUUUUGACAACACAGAUUUUGAGCCAUAUAAAUUCAUUGACAGCGAAUUUCAAAACUGCUCGUUUUUUCACAACAAGACAGGAUGCCAGAUUACCUUUGAUGAUGACUAUAGUGCCUACUGGAUUUAUUUUGUCAACUUCCUGGGAACACUGGCGGUGUUGCCAGGGAACAUCGUAUCUGCUCUCCUGAUGGACAGAAUCGGGCGCUUAACGAUGCUAGGUGGCUCUAUGGUGCUUUCGGGGAUCAGCUGUUUCUUCCUUUGGUUCGGCACCAGUGAGUCCAUGAUGAUAGGCAUGCUGUGCCUGUACAAUGGAUUGACCAUCUCGGCCUGGAACUCUCUUGAUGUGGUCACUGUGGAACUGUACCCCACAGACCGGAGGGCCACAGGCUUCGGCUUCUUGAAUGCAUUAUGCAAAGCAGCAGCCGUCCUGGGAAACUUAAUAUUUGGCUCCCUGGUCAGCAUCACCAAAGCAAUCCCCAUCCUCCUGGCUUCUACUGUGCUCGUGUGUGGGGGACUCGUGGGGCUGCGUCUGCCUGACACAAGAACCCAGGUUCUGAUGUAAUGGAAAAAAGCCAUCC